UGGCUGCACAUGUAACAUCCAGGUGUGACAUCAAAUCCGCUGUCUGUCUGUUCUGGCUCAUGUGCACAGUGUUCCCGGCUUUCUUCCAGAACGGUUGUGUUAGUUGCAUGUAGUGUAGUUUUCAUCACGGGUUAUGGUAUAGGUGUGGAAGUUGAAAGUUGAACAGGAUCUUUCACGGAAUAAAUUGAGAGAAGUACGGUUCAGCUAGCAAAAAAAAAAGAAAAAACCGUAUCCGUUGUUAAGUUUUUGCAGUGUUCACGUGAAAUGUGUUAGCUUGAAAUUAAUGCCAGCUUUUUUUUUUUUGUGGAUUUUAUAAACACGUAUGGUGGACCAUGAAUUUUGGCUUCUAUUAAGCAUGAUAAUGUGGUGAACACCCAAUGCCGUUGUUUUAACCACAUUUAACUCAAUAUUCCUGGGAUUUCUUGGUAUAUGUAACCCUUACAAGUAAGACUGGAGUGAUAACUAUAUGUUUAUGCGAGCUUUUUUAACUCUGUUUUUGUUUUCGUAACCAUUCAGCCAUAUCAUAAACAGUAACUUGCACGGAAACAUUAUUUAACAAAUAAAUUAUUUGAAUGCUUUGGUUAUUAAACAUGUUUUUUAACGUAAUGCCAUCUCACUGUGUAAAGUUUCUUUGAUCUAUUUGUUUUUUAUUGAAAAAAGUUCUGUGGCUGAAGAAUAGAAAGUACAUAGAGCUUUAAGUUUUUCUGCACAAUAAAAGGCAUUUUGCAUGUUUCACUUCAUGUUGUGACGGAGAAAAUUGAGUUGGGUGAUUACGCCGUUUUGGAGUAUUUUAAGAAUGUGACAACUGAGUGUGUGUGUUUUAUUCAGCAAGAUAAGAAGUGUCUGGGAUUUAUUCUGCGUCGAAGAAGUAUUUGAACAGUGGAUUAAUUGAUGAUUACAGAGUUUGUAACGACGAUUUAUCAGACCAAUUCCGAAAGUACUUUGUAGAUAUACCAAUUUGUCUGGACACGGCGUCAUGUAUGAAAUAACGCCUCGACGACUUAUAGUCAUUUUCAUGUUAAACUUCAGUUAAUACCUAUUGUGUUAAAGUUCCAGUUGUUAAUCUUAAAGAUGCUUAUAGAAUCAUCAUCACGUGUUGCUAAAUGUACGUAUGUUUAUGUACAUGUAGGUUAAUCGAACAGACAAUAUUACCUUUGUUUUCAUUGUGAUACGUGAGUGCGAUACCGUGCAUUAUGUAUGCUGUUUUCUACAGGAAAUUUAAAGAAUUAUAAAUACAAAGUGAUACGAGAACAAAGUGCUAGUUGCAGUUGAUGAUCUGCUAUUUGUGGUUACCUGCUAGCUUUCAUUCUACAACAUAAAUGCGAGUAGGUUUGACUUGAUUCUUCUAGUCCCAGCUGCCAAAGGUAAUGGGGAGACCAUGUCUACAAUGGGACUUUUCUUUGCCCGACAGCCACAGAUUGAAAGAGUUAAAUUUGGUGUCCUGUUGGACCAAGUUUGUAAAGAUGAUAUUCCUGGUCCACUUUUGGAACACCAACAACAAGUAGAUGUGUCAAGGAACUGGCCAGAUAUGUGAGUCUAUAAACAAAAAGUUUUAAUAUUAAAAUUGAACAAAGAAGGUCCAUAUAAGAAAGACAUAUUUCGAGCACCAGGGCAUCAGGGUAACAUGAAGAAGCUUAUUCAUUUUCUUCAACAUGGCCGUCUUGUCAAUAUUGACAAUUUUUCAGUCUAUACUAUCGCAUCUGUAUUAAAGAAAUUUCUCAGGAAACUUCCAGGUGGUAUUUUUGGUCCACAGAAUGAAGAUAGGCUCUUCAAUAUCAUUGAUCUCGAAAACACAGAUGAAAAACGUGAUGAAAUUCAUAGAUUAAUCAUUUCUCUUCCCUCUGUUGCUCAACAUUUACUGGUGCUUCUCUUUGGAACAUUCCAUACCAUUGCCACUUCAGCUGAGAGGGCCCAAACUGGCAUGUCCUCAGAAGCUCUUGGGGUCAGUGUUGCUCCCAGUUUUUUUCAGUCAUGUGUUAGUAAUGGAAAAAUGGCGAAGAUGGAAGAUGUCAUCAGAUUCAAGGUAGCAACUCGAAUAAUGAAAUUUAUGAUAGACAACUUUGGGGUUAGCAACCUUUUUGGACGAGAGAAUUAUGAAUACUAUGCACGUAUAACAGGACAUGUAUUAAAAGUUGAAGAAGAUUGGGUUUUUGCCUUCCGUUAUCCACCAGAUAGUCUUUUAUCUCGAAAAGCCUCCUUAGAGGCUGAAAAAUUGUGGCUUCGUCAGGAGGCUGAACGAUGGGGGCUAAGAGUUAAUUUGGAAGCUUUAUCUUCACAAGAGGAAUGCCAAAGUACCCCAGCUCUCCUCCAUGCUAGUGAACCAAUGGUUAUGGCUGAGGGGCCACCACCUAGUGGAAGUCUUACAAACUUAGCAGAGGGAUAUCCUCGUUUGAGCUUGUCUCUGGAAGAGAACGGUCUUUACAAAGCUGAUUCCCCGCCUUCCCUUGCUUACACUGAGGAUCUCACAUUGGACGAGCUCAAGAUUGUCAAUCGUUAUGCCGAGAGCACCAAAUCUCUUUCAUUCCUGCCACAGGUCCAUGAGAGACAGACAGCUCGCAUGAGAACACGCUCUGAAUGGUUUCUUAAUCCCUCACCAUGCCCUUCCCCAACACCUGUUCCUGUGCCUCUAGAAGUGGAAGAAAUCACUGCUGGUGCUGCCAAGGUUCUGAAAACUGAGGAAACACAACGAGCCUCACUUACAUCAUACUUAUCAUCUGGCUCGGUAGCUGGAGCAGCUGCUCCUUCUAGUGCCAAUGAAAAACAAUUAAUUCGGAGAACCUCUAGUAAAGAAAAAAAACUGAUUCGACGGUCAUCAAGCAAAAACAAGCAAGACAAAGAAAAUGGAAAAGGUAAUGGCAGCAAACUAUCCACAAGCCACAGUAGUGGAGCACUGUUUGCCACAGAUUUGGCACCUGAAACAAGCUCCUGGAAAAGUGGCUCUGUGGUAAGAGUAGGAUCUUCACAUGGCAUAACAGACCAGGACUGCACUGAAGAAAAUGUGCACACCUAUCAUGUAACCCUAACGUACAAACCUCGGAUAUAGCCCUCAUCCCCAAGUUGACUUGUAAAUCAAGUGAUUUAUGUCCUGUGAGUUUCUUCUGUAUAGCCCUUGGUUUACUUUGUGUUUAACAAGUCACUACUGUUGUUUGGUGUGCCAUUAUAAAAAAUAUUGCAUCAUAAACUUCUCUCAUUACUCAGCCAAAGAUUUUUGCCAUUGUAUGUUUGUAUGUCUACCACUUGACAAGAAGUUUGUUAAACUUUUUUUUGAAUUGUCAGUUUCACAAGAUAUUAGAAUUCAUGGUAAUCUUUUUAUCACAGUUUGGUAACUACCACUAUAAAAGCAGCUGUUUUCCUGUUUGUGUGUUUUGUUUUGUUGUAACAAAUAGUAUUUUGUAUUAUGUGAAAUGGAUUUUUCAAGAUGUCAGAGUGUAAAAUUCUGUGAUCUGUUACUUUAUAAACUUUUGGGCAAAGAAAAAGUUUUGCGAGGAUGAAAACUGUUAAAUUUGAAAAUAUUGAAAUCAAAUGUGCCAACUUUCAAAAUUAAAAUAUAUUAACAAACAAAACAUAUAUUCUCCAGCCUGUAUUAGAAGUUAAACAGCAAGAUGUAUUUUUAUUUUAUACACAUUAAAAAAAAAUUUACUGAAAUUGUUUUCAUUCUCAUGCACUUAAAAUUUGAAAAAAGCCCAUCCCUGUAUUACUGCUGUAGUUAAAUAUAAUUAACAUAUUCAAAUAAUAUUUAUAUUAUAUUUAUGUUAACAUAAACAAAACUGGGGGUGUUCUAUCUAGGUAAGUCUAGGAAAUCCUUACUUACAAGUAGUGUUCCCUCUAAUUUUAUCAAUAUAUGUGCAGAAUGAAUUUUUCCAUGUGCACCAGUAUCAAUGUGCAGAUGUGCGCUACCAGUUUUUAUUUUAUUAUUUUUUGGGAGGGGGGGGGGGGUAUUUUUAGACCAUCAACCUUAUCAGAUCAUUAGGCCGCUUUGCAAUGCUACAUAUUGGUUAUAUGGGCUUUAGGCCUGUCGACUGCAAGGGUCAUUAAGGCUCUCAAUGUGUUGAGACUCCUCACCAUUACUGAGGAUAUGUGUGGCUGAAAUAAUGGAGUGUAUGGCACUUGAUUGGUUGUUUUGUGGCUGCGCAGCUUAGAGGGAGCACUGCUUACAAGGUAGCUUUACUGAUUCAAGAGUAUUUAAUUCACCCAGUGUAGAACUGCCUUAAAAAAGUAUAAUAGGAAUGUAACCAAGAGAAUAAUAUUGUUGGCUAACAUUACUAUAUAAAAUAGUGUUGAAAAUAAAAUGUAAAAUAAUUUCUCACAAAAAUAUUUUUUUAUUUAUUUUUGUUACCAUGGUAACAUAGUUUAGAGCAAUAAUGAAUAAUGAAAACACUGCUGAUAAAUAUCAUCUUUUAGAGUGCAAGAAAUAUUAAUCCUUUAAAAGUUCAACUGUUCUUAGCAAGCAUAGAUUCCUGUGUCCUUAUACAAGUUUGAGAACCACAGUUUAUCAACUUUAACAUUUUUUUUUCAAGUAAAUCAAAAUAGAUAUUAUGCCAUAGCGAUGUUCUUAAUCCAAUGAUGAGUGAACAUUUUUCUAAGACAUGUUAGAUAACAGUUUAUAUGAAUUUUAGUAAUGUCUGGGAAAUGUUAAGUAACAAUUAACUUCAUUUGCAUUAUUAGAAUAUUUGUUUGGGCAAUAUUUGUUAAUUCCACUUGCUUCUGUGAUGUUCUUUGACUUGUUAAUGCUCCUUUUCUUUAAAAGCUGUGGGAAAGUUUUAAACUGAUUCAGUCAAAUGUGUCUUUAAGACUUGUAAAAGCUAAAACCAGUUAAUUAUAUUAACAUGCUCUUCCCUCUUUAGUACUUCUAUAUUGUUCCAGCUUGUUGUACAUUAUUAUUAUUUUAUAUGUAGAACUCAUAACUUCUAAGCAUGUGUGAUGACAUCUAUGAGAAAGCCCCCCUGCUCUUUAAUAUUUUUUAUAUUUUCUUGGAAGUGGAAAUGUGUGAACUGCUUAAAAAAUUACAUUUUAGCAUUUCAUACUUUUGAACUUUAUAAUUUAAAUCAUAUACAUGUAUUUUGAAAAUUGUUUAUAUGAGUAAUAUCAAACAUAAUUCCUGUUAAGUAUCAG